GCGUGAGCUGGGAUAGUCUCUCAGCCCGGCGCCAUUGCACACACCACCACCAGCAUCACCAUCGCUGCUGCUUUGUGCAGAGUAGGAUUUUGGGAGGGGGAGCGAGCAAGAGGGAGGAAGGAAAAAGCCUUAGAGAAGACAUGAAUAAACCUGGAAACAGAUAAAUGAAGUGAGUCCGUACAGAAGCAUUCAAGCAUGCCAUCGCCUCACUGUUCCACAGCUUCACAAUGAACUAUAACACCAGUGCCAAUAGAAGUGUGGGACACAGCACUUCGCAAGAAGAUGGUGGAGUCAUAAUUGCAGAAUCAGUUGCUAUCAUUGUCAUUGCUGUGUUGAUCUGUUUGGGAAACCUGGUGAUUGUCAUAACUCUUUACAAGAAAUCUUACCUCUUGACACCAAGCAAUAAGUUUGUCUUCAGUCUGACACUUUCAAAUUUUCUGCUAUCUAUUCUGGUGCUUCCUUUUGUUAUCGCAAGCUCUAUCAAGCGAGAAUGGAUCUUUGGGGUGGUUUGGUGCAACUUCACAGCCCUGCUGUACAUGCUCAUCAGCUCCGCCAGUAUGAUGACACUUGGAGUCAUUGCAAUAGAUCGGUACUAUGCUGUUGUUUACCCAAUGGUAUAUCCUAUGAAAAUAACUGGAAACCGUGCUGUUGUUGUGAUUGCGUAUGUGUGGCUACACUCAUUGAUUGGAUGUCUUCCUCCUCUCUUUGGCUGGUCCACAUUUGAGUUUGACCAUUUCAAGUGGAUCUGUUUGGCUGCAUGGGACAAAGAGUUAGGAUAUACUGCCUUUUGGCAGAUCUGGUGUGCAUUAUUGCCAUUUUUAGCAAUGGUUAUUUGCUAUGGUUUUAUAUUCCGUGUGGCUAGGCUUAAAGCCCGUAAAAUCCACUGUGGAACAAUUAUAGUUGUGCAGGAAGAAUCCAAAAAGGAUGAGCGAAAAAAUUCCAACUCAUCUACCUCUUCAUCAGGGAGCAGAAGGAACACUGUUAAUAACAUUGUUUAUUCAGCCAAUCAGUGCAAAGCCCUGACAACAAUCCUGAUUGUGAUUGGUGCUUUUGUUGUCACAUGGGGCCCCUAUAUGUUAGUGAUUAGUACUGAAGCACUUCAUGGAAAAGGUAGUGUCUCUCCAGGAGUGGAGACACUCGUAAUAUGGCUAUCUUUUACUAGUGCAAUUUGUCAUCCAAUUAUCUAUGGACUAUGGAAUAAAACAGUACGCAGAGAGCUUCUGGGGAUGUGCUUUGGUGACAGAUACUACAGGGAUUCAUUUAUUCAACGUCAGAGGACUUCCAGGUUAUUCAGCAUCUCCAAUCGCAUCACAGAUUUGGGGUUGUCUCCUCAUCUCGCAGCCAUGAUGGCUGGUGGACAGUCUCUAGGACAGAGCAGUAGUACGGGGGAUACAGGAUUUAGCUUUUCUCAGGAUUCAGGUACUGACGUCAUGCUAUUGGAAGAUUUCAAUUCAGAGGGCACUCAUUAUUCGCACCACAACUAUUGUUCCAGUCGAAGGCGGAGUUCUGUGACAAUAGACGAACUUUCAGAACCAAAAGAGGAAGCUGAUCGCUCUUCAGUCCUGCAAAUCAAAGCAGAUGUUCAUAAAACGCUGGAUAAUUUUGCUGCCAGUUUGGCCAAAGCUAUUGAGACAGAUGCCAAAAUGAGCCUUUUUGGAGAGAGUGGUUUACCUGGAGACUUGUUAACUAUUAUUAAAGCUGUACCUGGAGAUACCAGUAAAGGAAAUAAAGUCUCUGCAGGGCAGAGAUUACGGCUGGAGAGUAUUGAUGAAGGAAUUGUUCAUGACGGCACAGAGCAAGAUAGUGCUUGAAAGGUUUGAAACAUACUUGCAAUAUAGAAAGGACACAAACUUAAGCCUCAGCCAUCUGACAUGGUGAAAUAAAUGUUAAGUGGCUGUUACUAUGCUUUCACUUACUGCAUAAUUAUUCCAAUAUUCUAAACGGUGAUUGGAGAGGAACUUAAGUAAGUAAAAAGAAAAUUUGAAGGAAGUCAAAGAAACAAGUUUGACAUCCAUGUACAUUCAAAUGUACUUAUUUCUAAAAUUCGGUUUAACAUACAGAAUUCAUUUCUUCAAAAGAGGUUUUUAAGAAUGUUGGGAUUUACUAAUUCUAGAAAGCGGAAAACCACUAAAGAUUUGUUCCUCAUUUACAACCAUAGCUGCUGGUGUUUAAUAACAAGGCUGUGGCAGCAGCAACAUUAGGAUUAAGAGUAAACGCAAUAAAAUGUCCAUCUGUAAUGUCAUGUUUAAAAUCCAUAUCUGAACUUUCAGCUCCACAAUUGGCUAUAAAGGGCAAGUUCUGGUUCAGCAAACUUGUUGCUGUUUCGGGUUUCUAAAUCCUCUUCAAAUGUUGUUAGUUCAUUUCCAGUUGGUAAUGUCUUAAUUAUUAGUUUCUUUUUUUAAAAACAGAAGGUUUUGGAUGCCCAUGGAAAGGUUAGAAAUAAUAGAAAUGGAGCAGAAGCCAAACCAUUAUAUAGCUGACCGAGUAAGAGUUACACCAUUUAAAUUAUAGUGAAUGUGCCCUUGUACUUUUGCAGGUACUCACAGGCAAGUGUUUGCUUGUUUCUAAGUCGUGAUAUUUGAUUCUUUACAUGUUUUAGACAAUUAAAUGAUAUGGGUUAAGUGCUUCAAACUAAAAUAUAUCAAAGAAUUUAAUCAGUCAAAACAGUUG